GUGGAAAAGGCAAUGAACAAGCUGAACCUCCGAAUGCCCCACCAGCUCUUCAUUGGGGGCAUGUUUGUGGAUGCUGAGGGUGCCAAGACCUAUGAGACCAUCAACCCAACAGAUGGAAGUGUCAUCUGCCAGGUGUCCCUGGCCCAGGUCAGCGAUGUUGACAAGGCAGUGGCUGCUGCUAAGGACGCCUUUGAGAACGGAUUGUGGGGGAGGAUCAGUGCACGGGACCGGGGCCGUCUCCUGUACAG